UUUUGGUAUUCAAACUUCCAUCCCUUUCCAUUGAAGACGUGUAGACUUUCGUUCUCUUUCUUUGUGGUUUAAUAUUGAAGUGGAUUUUGUCCUUACUUGUUCUCUUGUUUUUUCUUAUAUUUUGAUUGUCGUCAAUUAUCAACAACCAAAAUGGUUAACUUCACUGUAGAUGAAAUUCGUGAAAUGAUGAACCGUAAACGGAGCAUCCGAAACAUGUCGGUUAUUGCUCACGUUGAUCACGGUAAAUCUACUUUAACUGACUCUCUUGUUACUAAGGCUGGUAUCAUUGCUGGUAGUAAGGCUGGUGAGAUGAGAUUCACUGAUACUAGAAAGGAUGAACAAGAAAGGUGUAUUACUAUCAAGUCUACUGCUAUCUCUAUGUACUUUGAGCUUUCCGAUGCUGAUUUAACUUACAUCACUGAGGAAUCUCAACGAGACAAGGAGGUUAAAGGUUUCUUGAUCAAUCUUAUCGACUCUCCCGGUCACGUUGACUUUUCUUCUGAAGUUACUGCUGCUCUUCGUGUUACUGAUGGUGCUUUGGUCGUCGUUGACUGUGUUUCUGGUGUCUGUGUCCAGACCGAAACUGUCUUACGACAAGCUAUUGCUGAACGAAUUAAGCCCGUUCUUUUCAUGAACAAAGUUGACUUGGCCUUAUUGACCCUUCAAUUGGACAUGGAAGAUCUUUACCAAAAGUUCACCCGUAUCGUUGAAAACGUCAACGUCAUCAUUGCCACUUAUGCUGAUGAUGCCGGUCCAAUGGGUGACAUCAAAGUUGACCCAUCUAAAGGUAGUGUUGGUUUUGGUUCUGGUUUACAUGGUUGGGCUUUCACUCUUAAACAGUUUGCUGAAAUUUACGCCGAAAAGUUCAAGACUGAUCCAGCUCGUUUGAUGAAAAAAUUCUGGGGUGAAAACUUCUACAAUGGACAAACCAAAAAAUGGUCAACCAAACAAGAAGCUGGUUAUGGUCGUGGUUUCUGUAACUUCGUUUUGGAUCCAAUUUACAAAGUUUUCAAAGCCAUCAUGGACUUCAAGAAAGAAGAGAUUACUAAACUCUUAGAAAAAUUGAACGUUGUCCUCAAAGGUGACGACAAAGAAAAAGAUGGUAAGAAUUUAUUGAAGGUCGUAAUGCGAACUUGGCUUCCUGCUGGUGAUGCUUUACUUCAAAUGAUAGCCAUUCAUUUGCCAUCACCUGUAACUGCUCAAAAGUAUCGUAUGGAAAUGCUUUACGAAGGUCCUCAUGAUGAUGAGGCUGCUGUUGCCAUUAAAUCCUGUGACCCUAAUGGUCCAUUAAUGAUGUACAUCUCUAAGAUGGUACCAACUUCUGACAAAGGUCGUUUCUAUGCCUUCGGUCGUGUUUUCUCUGGUAUUGUUGCUUCUGGUCAAAAAGUCAGAAUUAUGGGGCCAAAUUAUGUUCCUGGUAAAAAGGAAGAUUUAGUUGAAAAAGCAAUUCAAAGAACUGUUCUUAUGAUGGGUCGUGCCGUUGAACCAAUUGAAAAUGUUCCCUCUGGUAACAUUUGUGGUUUGGUUGGUGUUGACCAGUACUUGGUUAAAACCGGUACCAUUUCCACCUUUAAAGAUGCUCACAACAUGAAAGUCAUGAAAUUUUCAGUCAGCCCUGUUGUGCGUGUUGCUGUUGAACCCAAAAAUGCUGCUGACUUGCCAAAAUUGGUUGAAGGUCUUAAACGAUUGGCCAAAUCAGAUCCUAUGGUACAAUGUAUCAUUGAAGAAUCAGGUGAACACAUUGUUGCCGGUGCUGGUGAAUUGCAUCUUGAAAUUUGCUUAAAAGAUUUAGAAGAAGAUCACGCUCAGAUUCCAAUUAAAACUUCUGACCCUGUUGUCUCUUAUCGGGAAACUGUUAGCGAGGAAUCUUCAAUCAUGUGUCUUUCAAAGUCUCCCAACAAGCACAAUCGUCUCUUCAUGAAGGCUGUCCCAAUGCCCGAUGGAUUACCAGAGGAUAUUGACAAAGGUGAUGUUUCCAACAAAGACGAUUUCAAAGCUCGAGCUCGUUAUCUAGUAGAGAAAUAUGAAUGGGACGCAACUGAGGCCAGAAAAAUUUGGUCAUUCGGACCCGAAGGUACUGGACCAAAUCUUCUUGUUGAUGUUACCAAGGGAGUCCAAUAUCUUAACGAAAUCAAAGAUAGUGUUGUUGCAGGUUUCCAAUGGGCUUCAAAAGAGUCUGUUCUCUGUGAUGAAAACAUGCGAGGAGUUCGAUUCAAUAUUUAUGAUGUUACUCUUCAUGCUGACGCUAUUCAUCGUGGUGGUGGACAAAUCAUUCCCACUGCUCGUCGUUGUCUUUUCGCUUGUAUGUUGACCGCUGCCCCAAGACUUUUGGAGCCCGUCUACCUUGUUGAGAUCCAAUGUCCCGAAUCUGCUGUCGGUGGUAUUUACAGUGUACUCAACAGACGUCGAGGUGUUGUCUUCGAAGAAGCUCAAGUACCCGGUACUCCCAUGUUCGUUGUCAAGGCUCACCUUCCCGUAAACGAAUCAUUCGGUUUCACUGCUGAUUUAAGAUCAAACACUGGAGGUCAAGCAUUCCCACAAUGUGUAUUUGACCAUUGGCAAAUCUUACCUGGUGACCCAUUGGACGGAAAAUCCCGACCUUACACUAUUGUUAUGGAUACUCGUAAACGAAAGGGUCUUAAAGAAUCUUUACCCGAUCUUGAAUCUUAUUUGGAUAAACUUUAAUUAUGCUCCUUGAAUUUAAAUUAAUUCAAUUUCAAGUAUAAAAAAAAAAUAAGAAAUUAACAUUACUGAUAAUUUAAAGAAACAAAAAAAAAUCAAAAGGACGACAAAUGGUCUUCGUCUUGAAUUUACUAUCGCUAUACAUAUUGUAAUAAGCAACUAAAUUGAUUACAAUAUUUUAAAGGAAACAAAACCCUAA